CAAAAGAAAAAAGAAAAUUAUGGGUAACCUUCAAAUCCUCUCUCUUUUAAUCUUUUCAUUCUUUUUGUCAAAAUGUUACUCCAAACAAGAAGAUUUUGUUCAGUGUCUUUCUAAAUACUCUAAAACCAACGUUACACACAACAUUUACACCCCAAAAUCUCCAACAUAUUCAUCUAUCUUAGAAUAUGCUCAAAAAAAUCCUAGAUGGAUGAAUUCUUCACAUCCCAUUUUCAUUGUUUCCCCUACAAAAGAAUCACAAAUCAAGCCGGUUAUUCGCUGUGCAAAAAAACUAGGGUUGCAAAUGAAAAUAAAAAGUGGUGGCCAUGACUAUGAAGGCAUAUCUUUUCGCUCUAAAACCCCGUUUGUUAUGCUUGAUUUAAGCAAUCUUAACAAAAUCAAGAUUGAUUUAAAUGAAGGAACAGUUUGGGUUCAAGCAGGGGCGACCCUCGGCCAGCUUUACUAUGCAAUUGCUAAAAAAAGUAAUGUGCAUGGUUUUGCUGGAGGUGUUUGUUUCAGUAUUGGCACUGGAGGGAUUAUUAGUGGUGGAGGGAUAGGUACUUUGAUGAGGAAAUUCGGGCUUGCAGCUGAUAAUGUUGUAGAUGCUCGCGUAAUAGAUGUAAAUGGAAAAAUUCUUAAUAAGAACAAAAUGAAUGAAGAUAUGUUUUGGGCAAUAAGAGGAGGUGGAGGAGCAAGUUUUGGUGUUAUUUUAGCAUGGAAACUCAAACUUGUUCCUGUCCCGGAGAAAGUUACUGUUUUCACUGUCUACAAGAGGUUAGAGGGUAACCAAAAUCUACUCACAAAAUGGGAAAGCACCGCGCAUCAAUUACCUGAUAAAUUACUUAUCAGAGUAAUUAUACAAAAUGAUGGAACAGAGAAUGACAAGUACGUUGAAGUAAUCUUUCAAUCACUAUAUCUCGGACCUGUUGAUGAGUUAAUUCCACUACUCAAAGAAAAAUUCCCUGAAUUUGAUUUGGAGAAAAAAGAUUGCUUCCAAGAGCCUGUUCUGGAUUGUAGUAACAGGCCUUGUAUUAAGAAAGAAUGUCGCGAAUCGUCUUGGAUUGGAUCAGUCCUGUAUUUCUAUGGUAGGAGGACAAAUGAAUCACUUGAAGUUCUGCUAGAAAAGAGUAUUCCAACACAGAAGAAUUAUUUCAAAGCCACAUCUGAUUUUGUGAAGACUCCAAUUCCGGAAAGUGGUUGGGAAAUGGUUGAAAAACUGUUUUUGGAAGAAGAAAGACCUCAGAUGAUAAUGGAGCCAUUAGGUGGGAUAUUAGAUGAAAUAUCAGAAUCUGAAAUUCCAUUCCCUCAUAGAAAGGGGAAUUUGUAUAAUAUUCAGUACUUGGUGAACUGGGGCGAUAACAGCGAGAGUAUAUCAAGCCAGAAGAUAAGAUGGAUGAGGAAACUUUACAAGAAAAUGGAGCCAUAUGUUGCAAAAUCACCAAGAAGUGCUUAUCUGAACUAUAGGGAUCUUGAUUUUGGAACAAAUUCAGAGGACUAUAGUUAUUCCAAGGCUAAAAGAUGGGGUGAAAAGUAUUACAGUGGAAACUUUGAGAGAUUGGCUAAAGUGAAGAGUGAGGUAGAUCCCAAAAAUUUCUUCAGAAAUGAACAGAGCAUUCCACCUUAUCACACCGAUAGCUGAAGAAAACAGGAUUGCAUUGAAGAGCAGAAAAUAAAAAUCCAAGUUGUUUGAUGUUUUUAUGAAGAUUAAUCCCUUCUUCUAUUUUUCGAAUGCAGUAAAUGUAUUUUAUCAUAUCUUAAUUUGCAAAAUAAAUCUCCUAUGUUUCUUAUUUCUUAGUUAUAAUAUGAUUUAUAAUACAACUA